AAAAGGCUUUCCAUAAAUCAAAAUCACACAUCUUACUACUUCUCCCAAAUCGGAAUCACUUAACCUAAAUAAAACCUUAAAAUCAUGGCAACCACACCGGCAAUGCAGACGACGUUCGUGUCAUCGACGAGCUUUCUGAAACAAGCGAGACCUUCUUCUUCUUCUUCUUCUUCUUCUUCAUGGGGAUCAUCAUCACCGAACAAUGUGAUUCUUCCCAAAAACAAGAGAUCUUCUUCUUCCUCCGUAGUUGUCGCCGCCGUCGGUGAUGUCUCUUCGGACGGAAACAUCUACUUGAUCGGAGGAGCCAUCGCUGUUGCUCUCGUCGGAACUGCAUUCCCGAUCCUCUUCAAACGCCAAGACACGUGUCCGGAAUGUGACGGAGCAGGAUUUGUGAGGAAGGGAAGAGCCACGCUGAGGGCGAAUGCGGCACGCAAGGAUCUUCCUCAGAUCGUUUGCGCAAACUGCAAUGGACUCGGAAAGCUUAACCAGAUUGACAAAUCAUCCUAAUUAUAUAAUUUUUUUUUUUUUUGGACAAAGACAAAUCAUAAUUAUAUAUCUAUCUCCUGUUUUGUGUAUGUAAAAAAAACACACUCCAUCUUCAUUCCUCGUCUUCUCUCUGUAAGUGAAUUAUUCGGUUAUUUCUCUGACAAGAUAGCUUGGAAAUGAUCAAUGGUUUGCUUACUUGCUUGGUGUUGGUGAUACAAUAGAUUUUGUUGUUGAAGUUUCUUGCGCUGUAAGAAAUCCUCUAUGAAAGGAAUUGAGAAUUGUAUUACCUUUUUU